AUGAAGUUCAUCAGCGCCAUCCUCAUUGCCGUCCUCUCCGCCGCCGCCAUGGCCGCACCAACCCCAGAUGAGAAUGCCACUCUCGAAAAGCGUGGCUGCGGUGCCGGUGUCAUCUGCAUUUCUGGCAAGUGCCGUUACUGGAACUGCAACGUCAGCGGAUGCUCUGUUGGUCCUCCAACUGGCUCUACUUGUUAA